ACACUCAACAUUCUUGCAGCUUCCACCAUUCUUUAUCAAUACUUCUCACCCAAAAAAACUAGAAAAAAACAAACAAACAAACAAAAAGUUACUGCUAUAACAUACCCUUUUAUCUAUCUAUAUCUAUCUAUCUUCAAUAGUUGGUUUUGCAAAAAUGGGUUGGCUCAGUUCAGACAACAAUAAGAGCUCAAAAAAGGGAGAUGAUGUCAAUAAAAUGGGAAUUUUAGCAUUUGAGACGGCGAAAAUCAUGUCAAGAUUGCUCUGUUUAUACAAAUCUCUAUCCAAUUCCGAGAUUUCAAACCUCAAAACAGAGAUGAAGUCUCGUGGGGUAUCGUAUUUGAAUUCGAAAGACGAAGGAUUUCUCUUAAGCCUCGCGUGUGCUGAGAGGCUUGAAGAUCUUGAUAAAGCCGCGGCAGCAGUAGCAAGAUUAGGCCAUAAAUGCUCUGAUUUUGGCCUAAAUGGCUUUGAUCUUGUAUAUACCGAUUUGAAGUUGGGGAUAAUUGAUUUCGGGAAAUUGGAAUACGGAUCAAAAGACGUUGAGAAAAGAGUUGAUAAAAUGGAGAAAUUGAUCAAUGCUACGUCUGGAUUAUACGCUGCGUUGGAGAAUCUAGCGGAAUUGGAAGUAUCAGAACGGAAAAUGAAACAGUGGAAGGAACGAAAAGCAUCAGGGCAAUUACAGAAAGUGAAUUUGGAUAUGUUUAAUCAGAGACUUGAAAAACAGAGGAAACAGGUUCGUCAAUUUAGAGUGAAUUCUUUAUGGAAUCAAACAUUUGACAAAAGCGUUGGUCACAUGGCGCGAAUUGUCUGCAUUAUAUAUGCUCGAAUUUGCCUCGUAUUUGGCCCAUACAUUCCUGAUCUUUCUUCACUUUCUUUGCGCAACAUGCGUUCAUCUCAGCAGAAAGAGAUUCUCAAAGUCCAGCCAGAGAAUUGUUUGAUUGAGCCAAUUAGGGAACAAAUCAUUUCUCGGUCAGGGCCAAUCCCCACGUCGUCUAAGCCAACUCUUGUUCGAUUUUACAGCAGAAAAUCGAUAUUUUUCCUAUGUGAAGACGAAGGUUUUGGAGCAGAGAAAUUGGCGAAAAAUAACAGGGUGUUUCAUGCAGCAGGGCCUUUAACUGUGGGCGGUUCAGGGCUCGCAUUGCGUUAUGCUAAUGUGAUCACAUUAGUAGAGAAGUAUUCGAAUCCAUCUGAAUCCGUAGACCUUAAUUCACGAGAAAAUUUGUACCAAAUGUUGCCGGGGAACCUGAAAAAAAUAGUGAGAUCGAAAUUGAGCAAGAAUUUGAAGUGUAUGGAUGAGGACGAGUCGUUGGCUGAAGGGUGGAGGGAUGCUUUGAAGCAAAUAAUGGAAUGGUUAGCACCAUUGGCUCACAACACUAUAAAUUGGCAGCUCGAAAGGAAUUUAGAGAAGACAAAGUUCGAUAUCAAGCCUUCAGUUUUGUUGCUGCAGACGUUGCAUUAUUCGGAUAAAGAGAAGACGGAAGCUGCCAUUGCUGAUAUUUUAGUCGGAUUGAGUUGCAUUUGCAAGUGUGAGAAUCGAAAAUGGAGCGAAUCGUGAUUUGUGUUUCUUGAAAAAAAAUUGGUGAAAUUUUUUCCGUCAUGUAGUUAGACCAUGGCACAUAUUAGCUAGAAUUCAUUGGGUUGUGGAAAAGAAAUUACAUUUUUUUAUACAAAUACUAUUUCUUGAUUUA